AACUCUUGGAAAUACCAAACUCCAAAGCCUUCUUAAUCUCUCUGUCACUCGACUCCUCCCACAAAACCCAUAAUCCAGUUGCAGAAAGAAGUCAACUUUGAACGGCGAUUGUGACCUCAGACUCAGAAAGUCUCGUUCUUGGCAAAACAGGCUGUCGAUUAGGUAAAUGGAUAGUGGUUGGCAGAGGAAUGUAUUAGAAAAUGGUGACAAGGUUGGAGAAAGUGAUGAGCUAAGAGUGGGGAUGGAGGUAUCUAAUGAAACUGAAGCUUAUGAGCUAUACAACACAUAUGCCUUCGAGAAAGGUUUUAGUAUCCGUAAAGGGACUGUGCGAAGAGAUGCCCAAAGUAAUGUCCGCCAGCGAGACUAUUUUUGUUCGAAAGAGGGGUUUCCACUAGAUGAGGAGAUGGGGGAAGUGAAAAAAGUGAGAAGAUUGGACACAAGAACCGGUUGUAAGGCGAUGGUUCGCUUCACUGUUGAUAAUGGUAAAUGGAAGAUUGCUCAGUUCAAUCCGGUUCAUAAUCACGAGUUUGCUAAGCCUGAAGAGAGACAAUUUCUGAGAUCAAGUCGACAUAUACCAACUGUUCGUGCAGCUAUCAUUGGUUCUUCUAAGGUUGAUGCGAGUGUAAGACCAACAAAAUCACAAUCACACUUGGAAAAAGAAAUGGGCAGUACUGAUAAUGCUGGCCAUAAUUGUUUGCACAGGAUGAAGGAAGAAAUGAUUGAAGGAGCAGAUGGACAAAGUUUACUUGAUUAUUUGAAGCAUCAGCAAAUGGAGGAUUCAAAUUUCUUUUACAGUGUGCAAGUGGAUCAAUAUAACCGUGUCACAAAUUUCUUCUGGAGGGAUAGUAGAUCAAAGCUGGACUAUGAUUGCUUUGGAGAUGUUGUACUCUUUGACACCACAUUCCGAACCAAGAAAUACAAUCUAAUUUGUGCUCCAUUUGUGGGAGUUGAUCAUCACUGGAAGAAUGUCCUAUUUGGUUGUGCUUUUUUAUCUGACGAGAGAACCGAUUCAUUUAUUUGGUUGUUUGAAACUUUUCUGGAGUCUAUGGGAAAUAAACGGCCUAAAACCAUUUUUACAGAUGAGGAUAAUGCCAUGGAAAAAGCAAUUGAAAUUAUACUUCCAGGGACACGUCAUCGACUAUGCACAUGGAACAUCUCUAAGAAUGCUUCACAAUAUCUUGCUAGCCACCUUGCUAAUCCUGAGUUCAAGGAAUGCUUUAACAAAUGUGUUCAUGAUUGUGUCACCGAAGCAGAAUUUGAAGCUACGUGGGAUGAUAUGGUUAAAAAGUUCAACCUUGAGAAUAAUUUGUGGCUGAAAAAGUUAUAUUUACUUCGAGAGAAAUGGUGUCCUGCUUUUAGCUCAGACACUUUCACAGCCAAUAUCGGAUGUGACCAGAGGGGUGAGAACAUUAAUACUACUUUCCAUCAAAUUUCUACAAAAACAAUGGAUCUCAUUGGUUUGGCACAGCAUUACGAGAAAAAAACAAAAGUGUUACGAUCAGCAGAGGCGGAAGAGGAUUUUCGUUGUAAAAAUGGUAUGCCUCGUCUUAAAGUGAACACGGGUAUCUUUAAGCAUGCAGCUGCAGAGUACACUAUUAAAAUGUAUUCAUUCUUUGAAAAUGAGCUUUUAAGUACCUUUGGGGUGAGGAUGAUGGAAGUUGGUAAUGACGGCAACCAGUAUGUAUAUGAAGCAAUUGAAGAAGGUCAUCAAAGAGUCUACAUUAUUGAGUACAACUCCACUACUUCCAUGAUUUGUUGUUCAUGUAAGUUAUUUGAAUCCAUGGGAGUGUUGUGUCGUCAUGCCCUGAAAGUAUUGGGUCUUAAAAACUUCAUGAGCAUACCAGCCCAAUACAUAGUGAAGAGAUGGACUCGAGGGGCGAAAAAACAGAAUGCGAUGAGUGGUGGUUUAUGUGAGCUCUCAUGUAAAAGGGCAAAGUCUGCCCAAUCACUGCGCCUGAGUGAGUUGAUGCAUGAAGGGAAUAAUGUUUUCAGUAUAGGCUCAUUGUGUGAUUCUGGAACAAGAAUUGUCAAACAAAAGUUGGUAGAGGCCAUGAAGUUACUUGAAAGUGAUGAGGAAACUACAUCCAUGCUGGGAACUUUGAACAAGUAGAUGACCAAUAUGUUCCGGAUGUGCCUCUUGAUAACUGGUGUUAGAUCCCCUAGUUCUGACAGCUAAAGAGAUAACUAAUGUUAGGUUGAGAAGUAAUUUGGAGAAAGGAAGAAACGGAAACAGCCUGUGUUCAAGGCUUUUGCUUAGAAUUGUACUGUAUAGGAUGUGUGUUUUUUGUUUCUUUGGCAGAAGCUAUCAGUAAAACAUUCUCUUCUUCAGGCUAGAUAUAUCUGGUUUAUUAUGCUUCUUGUAAUCAUUGGAAUAUGAGAAUUUUAUGGUUUGGCA